UGCUAUUUUGUUCCUAUAGAGCUUUAGCUGUAAACUUGAAGAAAUGGUCCAGUGGUUGUAUGAAGUAGCAGAGACCACAGAUAACUGGAUCCCACCUCAGCCCACAAUGGACAGUAUCAAGGCUUCCCUGGAUAAAUGUAUGGCUUUCAGGAAUGACAUUAAGGAACACCGAGAGCUGACUGCAAGUGUGCUAAAAUCCGGAGAACACCUGCUCCAGUCGAUGAGCAGUGCCACGCCAGUUCUCAAGGAGACACUUGAAUUGAUCUCAAGACAAUCCAAGCAGCUGAAUGGGCAUGCUGCCCACCUGUACUUGUCGAUUCUUGCUACUAUGGAUAAGGUGAAAGAUGAUUUAGAGACCAAGCAACAGGAAUUCGUAUCUGCUGGUUUGGAAAGGCAAUCAGCAUUGAUGCCAAGUGAUGUUGAGGAACAUGAUGCAUCAAACCACAUGAAUAUGGAUGAUCUAGUUUAAAAGGGCUGGUGAAGUAGUGGGAGGGUGAUGCUUCUUUUAAUUCAAGUUUGGGAAGAACUUGUUCUGCAAAAUUAUUGGCUUAAUUUUACACUUUUUUAAAAAUAAAAAGUAAUGAGCAAUGAGUGUUUACACCUCCUGUAAUUAAUCUCUUCGUUUUAUAAUACUUAAUUACUUUUAUUGACACUUGAAUUUGACCAGAUUGAAAGUUUAAUUAAAGUCACAAAAAAAAAUAUUGUUCACUUCCAAGACAAAUGGAAGAAAAUCAGUAACUCCAUCAAAUGUUGUGAAUUACAGAUAGAGCUCCUACAUAAAAGCCUGCAAGUUGCAGUCCAUACUGGGGUAUACAGGACUUCUAGAUGGACAAGACGACUUCCUCCUCCUAUUGAGAUGUAGGGUACUAUCACCUCCCACAGUUAGGGGGAAGACAUUGCUGGACUCCUCUCCCCACUCCUACUUCCAUAAGCUGGUGGCUACAGGAAAAAUUCAAAAGCACAAAAUAACAGAAUAGGGAUUGACUAAAAAGAUAUUCAUUUGAACCAGUUUCACUCCAUAAUUUCCAUAGUACAAACAGAAAGGGAUAACCCUCAGUCUGACUAGAAAAAAAGUGACAAAGUAUUGUUGCCCAAUAAGAAGCCUGAUUGACCAAGUCAAGGUUCAACACUGAGUGUAAGCAACCUGUGUUAAUUCAGGUAAAACGUGACUAGGUGAGUGCAAUGAAGUUCUACAGGUGGUGUAGGUACAAUAAACAAAUCAUAUUUGACUAGAUAGUUUUUUUUCUAAACUUUGUAAAAUGACUUGUGUCUAAAAAAUAACUUGCUGUCACUGUAGUGUUAAUUAAAAUUUAUCUUAAGUAA